CUGGCGUCAUGAAAUGUAUCAACAAUUUACCAAGGUUAUUUGUGGACUUCAGAUUAUUCAGUGAUAAGAAAGUUCAGCUUCACACUUGGUGAGUCUUGUUCUAAUUUUAAAAUUAUCAGGUAAUUAACUCAUCUUCUCUGGAAGUACGAGAUUUGUAUCGUAUACAUAUUUAUAUUAGUCAUAAAUCAGUGCAGGACAUUUAGUUACAUACAGUUAGCAUGUGUUUAAUUAAAUUGUUAUAUAAUAUAGGCUUUUAUUUUGUCAAACAAUUAUUUAGAUGUCUUUUUUUUUCUUAAUUUUUUUCACAUAAGAAUUUAAAACAAUUCUGUUAAAAUUGACGUUAUCUUUAUCUAACAUUUGACAUGAAAUUAUUCUUUGGAUCUGAGUGUGCUCCAUAUAAUGUUAUACCUAAAUCUAGGAUCUACCUCUUAACGUUGCAACCGAACGAAGUAAUUGUGCCAUUGAGAUCACAGGCUCAAUGACCCACUCAGUCAAAUGUAAGUCCAUUUUAAUUGUGAUUCUUAUCUUUGUGAUAAAUGUAAUAUCCUUUGUAUAGAUACUUUAUUAUAUGAACAUGUUUUGAAGAAGUAUGACGGUUUAAACAAUAACAAGAGCUCUGAUCUGAAAAAGAAAGCUGGCCACCAUGCCUAAUAAAUAGACCUGAUCAGUUGGAGGAAGUUCUCAUAGCAUCUAGACAAGUUUACUGAUCGAUCACCUGCAUCUAAAAAUUCACUUAGAGAUUAUCUGUCAUAUAAAAAAGUUUACUUAGAGAUCCACUCUCAUCUAAACAAGUUUGCUGAGAGAUGGCCUGUCAUCUAUACAAGUUAACUUAUAGAUCUACUGUAAUCCAGAUAAGUUUAUUAAGAGCAAUCAUGUCAUCUAGACAAGUUUACUUUUGAAAUGAUUCCUCUAAAUUUGACAUGUAUAAUUAUGAAGAAUUUUCACAAUCUACACGUUUUACAUACAUGGUUAGACCUAUUUAUAUUAAAACUUCUCUGGAUACAAAUAAUGUCUUUCUUUUGUCCAAACUAUCCAAGUUUCUUUAUUAUUUUAAAAUAUACUAUUGGUAUUAUUUUUUUUUAUAAUUGAUUAACUGGUUUCAGGUAGUCAUUGACAAAGACAAACACAAGUCUAGUGAAGAGAUUUGGUAAAGUAAAAACAUGAUGUUGAUGGUUCUUGUCGUGUGCUCUUUCCCUGGUCUGGUGACUGCCGUCUCACCCUCAGCAACUGUUUUCUCCCUCAGAUACGUCAACAAUAACAAUAAAACAUUUAACAUGAACUUCAACUUCACCUCAUUUUCUGAGUAAGUACCAUUGUGUUUAUUGCAUUACGUUAUGAAAAAUAAAUAUAAUACAUACAAUUUAAUCAACAGGCGCAUAGUAUUUCAUAUGUAUAUGUCAGCGUGAAAAUGUGUUUGUCUGUUUAUUUAUUAGUUCCACAAAGGCUUUUACAUGGAUUGGUGGAUAUGGAUCCAACUUGGCACAUGUAUCAAUUUAUAUCUAGAAUCAAAUACUAAGGUGAAAGGGGGGGAGGUAAGAACUUUUUAUAAAGUUCCGUUUGAGGCCAAGGGCCCUGAUAUUUUUUUUCUUUUAUUGGCUAUAUAAAUAAAAUGACCAACGAAUACUUCUACAUGAAUUGAUGGAUAUUGACAGACCUCAAUGCACGUAUACUACAUUAUCCAUAUUCAAAUACCGAAGUACUGGACUCAUAAUAUCCAUUCCUUUGGGGUCGGGUCCCCAUUUAAUUAUUCCUUAUAUCAGAUAUAUAUAUAUCAAUAGGCUUAGACAAUACUAUAUGUUCCAUGUGGAUUGAAGUAUAUAGACAUAGCUUGGUAGCAAUACAAUUAGAGUCAAAAUGGAAAUAGAGUUGAUUUAAAACAAAGAAAAUCCAAUCGGAAAUUUUUAAGAAAGUUCGAUAAUUUAAAAAAGCUAUAUCUAAGGCAAUUUUAAAUUCAUCUCCAUAACUUAUCUGAAUGAUUUUUAUCGGGCCCCCACCUCAGGCAAAAUUUAUUCGGUACAAUUAUGGAAUGGGCCCCCGCUGGGUGCCCUUUCAACUUAAAUGGACUAUAGAUAUAGUAGUGAAUUUAGUUAUAUAAAAUAUUGUAUUUAAAAAAUUAUUACUUAGAAAAGACAUUUUUUGCCCGUUUCCAGGAUGAUAUUAAAUUCAAAUUAGAAUGUUCCUGAAAGUUCUAUAUUGUCCUACUGGGAUAUGUAAUGGAAUUCAAAAACUUACUGAAAUGUCAGUUCAGUUCUAUACUUUCAUGGUAUUUUCUUUAAAGACACCCUUCAUAUUCCUAUCGGGAACAAGAUCCUAAUGGGACCAUGAUCCCAAUGAGAAAGAGGAUCCUAAAGGUAAAUGAGUAAAGUGAAACCCAACGGUAACAGUAAAGUGAGGUCCCACCUGAAAAAAUUAGAAAAUUGAUCUCAAUUAGAUCGGGAUACCAAUCUGUAUCCCAAGCCGGUCGGGAUCCUAAGGAGAAUGGCAUGUCAUCGGGAGGUGGGAAUCCUAUUUCAAAAAAUGGAUCCCUGAGGGACCGAAAAUUGAUGAGGAUUCCAAUAGGAACGGGAUCCGAUUGGAAAAUGAGAUUUUACUUGGAAAUGGGAUACCAUCGGGAUCUCAAUUAUGUCGGGAUACGAUACGUAUAUGUAAUCCCAUUUGAAAAAAGGAACCUCAUCGGGGUUUGGAAGCCCAACGGGGUCGAGAUCCUAUUUGGAAACGGAAUCCCAAUGGUGUCGGAUCCAAAUUGAAUCCCACUUGGAAACGGGGACGCAAUCGGAAUCGGGAUCCCAUUGGGAUCGGGAUCCAAAUGAGAUAUGUAAUCCCAUUGGGAUCGGGAUAACACCGGAAACAGAAUAUCGAUGGGAUCGCGAUCACACCGAAAUUGAGUUUCCAGAGGGAUUAGGAUUCCAUCGGGAUCGGGAUAUCAAUGGGACCGAGAGGCAGUCACGGGCUUUGCUGAGUAGUUUGUAUUGUGUUGUAUAUAUAUAUAUAUAUAUAUAUAUAUAUAUAUAUAUAUAUAUAUAUAUAUAUAUAUAUAUAUAUAUAUAUAUAUAUAUAUAUAUAAUAUAUAUAUAUACAUACAGGGCGGCUUAGCAAAAAAGUGAGAGUAUCUUGUGACAAAGUUUUGUACAAUUGAGUUCAUACAAUGUUUUGUUAUUGACAGUUCAAUCUGCCCCCCCCCAACCCCCGACACUCUCCCUGCUUCUCAAUGACUUAUUGCAAGCGUUGUUGCUUUUCUAUGCUUCUGACAACAGAACUAUGUUAUAAUCUUUUUGGGCCACCCGGUACAUGAAUGUAGGUAUAUAAACUAAUAAAUAAAGCAUUUGGUCUAGGCCCAGUACGUACACUACAAUCACCUCUGAGGAUUAUCAUAAAUUCAAUCACUUGUAUCAACUUAAAUUAUUGGUAAAUCAUUUGCUAAAAAGUUUUUACUAACUUUUUUUGCCAGAUUUCAGCGCUGUUUGACAGACGAAGCUAUUUAUUCCUGCACACUACAGUCAAGCAAAGUUACCAUUACAACCCUGACAACAGGGGUCACCCAGACGAAUAUCACAGGGGUUGAAACUAUCAAGUCAACCCAACCGACAACAUCGACGAGCAGGAAGUCUUGCAACAUGUCCUCAUACAAGCUCAGCUUCUUUGAAUAUUAUUUCUCAAUUCAAUGUAGUGUUUCUGAUAAUCCGUGUGAGAGAGAACUCGCCAUUGACUUUGUUAGAGAUGAGGCAACGUCUCGGUGUGGGUAUGCAUGUUGGGACAUAAGCGGAAAUAUCUUGUUCGUGUACAGUGCGGAGAUGAUAUUCUUUAGGUGUGACCCGGGACCUCAUUUUACUCUACCUAUAGAGUCGAAUGGCGAUACUGAGAUGCAGUUAACUUCUGCAACAGUUCGUGUGGUGACAGACUCCUCACAGUCUGAUGUCGCUUCCUCAACGACAACAGUAACGUCAACGAGUAAUUCGAGGCCGGUAACAAUGGCGAGAACAACUUAUGCCUUAUCAACAACGACAUCAACUUCAAUUGUACCAACAACGACAUCAACUUCUAUUGUACCAACAAUGACAUCAACUUCAAUUGUACCAACAACGACAUCAAUUUACGUUCUCAUCCCACCACCACCCACAACCACUGAGGCGGAAACAGGAGUUACAACAAAAGUAACAAUACUACCAACUGCACCACAACCAACUACUACAAUCACACAAAACAAUACACCACCAGCAGAUACGCCUAAACCAUCUACAGCAACACCACCAAUGCCUACGACCCCGCAACACAACACAACUCCAAGGCCAACCUUCAGCUCUCUAACAUCCAACAUACCACAACCAAUAUCUACACGAUCACCAACCACCCUAGCAGCAUCAACUACCACAACAUUCCAACAAUUUCCAACAAUGUUACCCUCUACUACGUCAGAAGCGUCAAUCACUGUUACCUCUAGUUUAAACACUGAUGACAACACGAAGGCGCCAACAAAUCCAUCGAAACUUUCGACAGCAGAACAAUCUAGACCCGAGCCAACAGCAACCACAUUAAUUGUUCCCACAGCAAACAACAACAACACGUCUGAAACGUUUACGCCGACAUUGAUCCCAAACAGAGAAACCGAAACGUCACAUACAUCGUCGUCAUCCUCUUAUACAGCUUCUUCAACCAUCAAUCAAGUAGCUUACCCAUCAUCGACCUUGAAAAUCGCCCUGGCGGACUCCGAUACAAACAACAACUCGAUUGUUAUCGCACUUUCUGUGAUAGUCUCGUUCCUGGCCCUGGCGACAGCGGUCAUCUUCUUGUACCUUUUUCUUCAGCGUAGGCGUCAGAAGCGAACCUUGAGAGACAACGAAUCGACCCGAGUCCUUCGCGCCGACGAUUCUAUGGACUUGAACUAUUUAAGGACGCAACGGGGAGAAGAAUCUCACUACUCGUCCGUCAUUGAAUAUGAUCCACCGUGGGGCGGUCAGCGCGGAAACGUCACCCCUGACCUCAUAUCAAGCUGUGAAGGGAGCUCGUCCAGCGAUACUGCAAAAAAGCCGACCGUCCCGGAUUCAUCAACCAUUCCUCGACCAUUCGACGAGUACAGCAGGCUUCACCUGCCUAGUAUCGUCAAAAACCCAGAAGCAGAAGCAACAAACACGACGCCCGGGGUCGCGGCAAUAUACGAUAACGUCAGACUUCAGGACUUGGAGCCCAUCUACAACCUGAGCUCGUUCUCCGAUGAUUUAAACGACGGCGGUAACCAAACCAGCACCCCCAAGCGAGACGCCGACACCGGGAGGAUGUUGAAAUUUCACGAUGUCAACCCAUAUUCUGUCGUUGUUCUGGACCCAACAUUGUUUAACACGUCGAAUCAUGGGACGAGUUUUCUAAAGAAAUCCAACCCGGGUGAGAGUUCAUCAAAUAAAUUCAUUAUAUUGGAUUCAGUGUCGAAUGAUCGUGACGGAGAGUUAAACCAGAAUUCCGGCAAACUCGAAUCUAAAAAUGUAACCUCAAGAAUGUACGUCGCGACUAAAGAUUAUUCCGACCAUUCAGAAAUCGAAUCUGAUUGUCUUUCGGUAUCGGCGACCAGUUCAUUUAACCUGUACUCGGGUAAGAACGCUGUGGAGAGCCCAAAAGAAGACACGACGUUGCCAGCGAGAACGCCUAAUCCUGGCAAGCCACUGAGGUUUGUCUUUCCUGCAGAAUUGUUAUAGGAGAAGACGCUGUAAUCUGGUCAUAAUAUAAAUUGAUAAACUAUUGUAAUUGGUACAAGAGCCAUGGUGGUCACACCAACAACAAAAAAAUGCACAUGGUAGUUUAAUAGACUGCAUUACAGAGGCCUAAAGACCAACAGUAGAUGUAUAAACCUAAAAAAAAUCAACCAUCCAUCUCCGUAGCGCUACAUCUCACAUAGGGGUUUGUCAUGCGUCACCACGUCCCUCCACUUGGACCUAACUGGUGCUUUUCUUUUCCAUGAUUGGAUCCCCAAUGUUUUUCAACAUCAUCCAUGCGUCAUAAUAAAAGUGAUAGAAUUUGCCUCAAAUGUUUUUCGAUAAGUUUAUUGGGAAUUUAUUCUAGGCGCCCAGAAAAUGUUUAUUUUGUAUACAAUUUUUUUUUUCUUUAACAUUUUUACAU